UUUUGACGGAAAUCUCUCUCUCUCCAUCUUUUAUCUUUCUAGAACUUUCUUAUUCACCGUCAUAUUAAUCUCUCUGUCUCUCCCCACCCACCAAAAUCCAACACAUUACAAUCCCAAAGCGUCAAUCUUUUUCCCCGGAAAAUCUCUCUACAAAACCCAGUUUUUGUAAAUACAGAACGUUCUCCGAAGGCAUUUGCAUGGACAGAGUGAGACAGAAAGUAAAGGAAGAAGACACAACGGCUGCAUCAUCAUCACCAUCAUCAUCAUGUUCAUCUUCGUCAACCUUCUCUGCGCAGCCAAUGCAGGGUUUACACGAUGUUGGUCCUCCUCCCUUCUUGACAAAGACAUUUGAUAUGGUUGAGGAUCGAUCCACGGAUUCCAUUGUUUCCUGGAGCAGAGCUCGAAACAGCUUCAUUGUAUGGGACUCUCAUAAAUUCUCCUCCACUCUUCUCCCUAGAUACUUCAAGCACAACAAUUUCUCCAGCUUCAUCCGCCAGCUUAACACAUAUUUGGUGCAGGGUUUUAGAAAGGUUGAUCCUGAUCGUUGGGAGUUUGCCAAUGAAGGGUUUUUAGGAGGACAGAGACAUCUAUUGAAGAGCAUUAAGAGGAGAAGACAUGUCUCGCACGGUACAGAAUAUCAAGCAGCAGGAGCUUGUGUUGAGUUGGGUCAGUUUGGUUUAGAAGGAGAGAUUGAAAUUUUAAAGAGAGAUCGAAAUGUGUUGAUGACAGAGAUUGUGAGAUUAAGAAAACAGCAGCAGAAUUCAAGAGACCAAGUUGAGGAAAUGGAGAAUAGAUUACAAAGAACAGAGAAAAGACAGCAACAGAUCAUGACUUUCUUUGCAAAAGCUCUCAAGAAUCCAUCUUUUGUCCAACAAUUUAUACAAAAUACAGAGGCAAGAAGGUUGCAGGAUGCUGCAGUUGGACGAAAAAGGAGACUAACUGCAAGCCCAAGUGUGGAGAGUUUAGAAGAAGCAGCACUUGCUGGUAUUUACCCUGGAAAGGAAGAAGAAGAAGAAAAAGAAUUGGAAACUAUUGAGACAUUAUUCUCUGCCGCCAUGGACGACCCAUCGAGUAGUGAUGUGAAGGAUCCUGGUGAUACAGGGGACGACACUAUCUGGGAGGAACUGAUUAUCGAAGAUGUAAUUGGUAGCAAUCCAGAGGAGCAGGUAGAACCUUUAGUCGAUGGAGAAUCAGAAUUUCCCAAUUCCACGGAUUGGUGUGAUGAUGACUUGCAACAUCUUGUUGAUCAAAUGGGUUAUCUGGGGUCAAAUCCAUGGUGAAACACAUCUCUGAAAUUAUCCUCUAGUGCUAUCAUCUUCUAUAAUUUCACACAUAAUGCAGGAAAUGGUGAAAGUUCAAGAGCGGCUACUAGAUAGAUGUUCCAGUUCUUCUGUAUCCUUGAUGAUAAUAAACUUCUUUCAAGUUCUUGGUGUUGUUUGAUGCAAUUUUCAAUCUAUUCUGGUAGUUUGUAAUCCUUUUGCUUCCUCUGGUGCAUUUUGCAGGCAAGCCCUUAAACAGAUACAGAAGCAAUGGAAGAAGGAUUGGAAUCAUAGACAGUUUUAGCUCUGGCCUCUGCAGAUGAAUUAAUG